AUGUACAAAUAUCAGGGUAACGCCUUCUCCGAUGGUAGUUACAGUCGUUGAGUGCUCAGAUGCAUUAAGUAUGCAUUAGAGCAAGAACCAAGAUCUUAUUACUGGUACCCCUACACUACAGGCGUACGAUCUGGCAAGCAAGUGCACAAUCUACCCAUCGUGUGUUGAAUUCGAAGCCAGUUUACUGGAUUUGUAAGAUUUACGAAAGCCAAGAACGGAUAACCCAGUUUUUUAAUCGCACAAAUAGAUUUAUCUACUCCGCUCUCCAACAUUUUGCGAUCUCCCCAAUUCAAUAAUUCUGGUGGAUCACAAAGUUGAGUAUUCGCCCAGAAGAAAACACACUUGCUCUGCACCGACACUAUUCGGGUCAGUUUCUUGGGGAGGCCUUUUUUUGCGGUGCUUUCUUGCAUUACUGUAAUUUCCAUAUCAUGCCUUGCUUGAUUGUUUUAUCGUUCAGUUGAUCUUCUCAGUGGACAAUCUAACAAUUGAAGUUUUAUUAGUUUGAGUUACAAUACUGAGUUCCGAGAUGUUUUUAAAUUGUUUUCACAAUAGGUACUCGAACACAUGUUGUGUACAACUUGUUGAAGAGAAAAAAACUGGAUGCCAACAGAGAAAUCAAUGAAGCAACUUUAAAUAUCCCAGACGCCAUUACACUCAUCUGCAAAGCAAAUUUGGCCAUUUCAGGGCGUGGUUUACUCUUGGAUAUCCACGGCCAAGUACGCACACCUCAACGACGACGUUUGCUUUCAAGAUGUUGUACAAGGCCAUCGAAGUCUAGGCCACUUCACUAA